AAAUAAAGAAACAGAAAGCAUUUCUCAAUGUGGGUUGUUUCUCAUUUUUCAGGGUCUUGAAGUUUAUAAAAAGGUUUUCUUUUUCCUUUUUUUUUUUUGGUUUUUUUUUUUUUUGGAUAUUUGUAUUGGAUUGUAAUGAAAAAUCAAGGGCUGAGAUUUUCAGGCAUGGAAUCUAUCUUUUCAGGCUUUGUACUUGAUCCUGCAAAAUGCAGUGAGCUGAGCUUGGAAGAGAAGAGAGAACUUGUGUAUGAAAUUUCACAGUGGUCAAAAAACGCCCCUGAAAUUCUUCAGUCGUGGAGCCGUCGAGAGCUUCUUGAAGUCAUCUGCGCAGAAAUGGGCAAGGAGAGGAAAUACACCGGCGUCACAAAAAUCAAAAUGAUAGAGCAUCUUCUUAGGCUAGUGUUGGAGAAAAAAUCAGGUAAAAAGACCAAUCACAGUCCCCAUUCACCACUCUCACCUUCGAAGACCCAAGGCAGUUAUAAAAAGCAGAAGAAGAAAGAAGACCCACUUCGGUCAUUCAAUGAAGUAGAUCAUUUUCCAUCGAAGAGCGAAGGAGAGGAGCACAAUGAUAUUCUUCUCUGUCGGAACCUUGCCUGUAGAGCUAGUCUAAGUGAAGAAGAUGCAUUUUGUAAGAGGUGUUCGUGCUGUAUAUGUUACCGUUACGAUGACAACAAGGAUCCGAGUCUGUGGUUGGUUUGUGGUUCCGAUCUUCCCAAGGACGAAGGCUUGUGUGGUAUGUCGUGCCACCUUAAAUGCGCUCUAAAGCAUGAAAAGGCCGGGAUUACAAAGAACGGGCGCUACACGAAGUUGGAUGGAGGUUUCUAUUGUGUUUCAUGUGGUAAAGUGAACGGGCUGAUGGGAAGCUGGCGAAAACAGAUGUUGAUUGCCAAGGAUGCCAGGAGGGUUGAUGUAUUGUGUUGUCGGAUAUCUCUCAGCCAUAAGAUUCUCAGAGGAACUGAGAGAUACAAAGAACUGCAGAGGAUUGUAAACAUAGCCGUGAAAAAACUAAGGAAAGAGGUCGGACCUCUUGAACAUGUGUCAGCAAAGAUGGCACGAGGCAUUGUCAAUAGGCUCCAUUGCAGCACCGAGGUUCAGAAGCUGUGUGCCUUUGCAGUCGAAGCAGUUGACAACAUGCUUUCUGGUUUAUCAGGACCGUUGCAACCAUUGUUCAAUGUCGACUCCAAGGAUCUAAUUACAUCUAGCACACCUCCCUUGGCUUGCCAUGUUGUAUUCGAAGACAUCUCGCCAACCUCAAUUGCCAUUGUCUUAGAAUACGAAGAUAAGCUGGUAGAAGAAAUCAUAGGCUGCAGAUUGUGGCAUCGGAAGUCGGCCUUUGCAGACUAUUCGAAAGAACCCACUUGCAUCGUAACAAGGCUGGAGACGAGGUUUGUGAUCUCAGGUCUGGAUCCAUCAACGGAGUAUUUCUUCAAGGUUUCUCCAUUUAGCAGCAAAAGACAAGUUGGGGAGUGGGAAGCUAGGUGGGUCACACGAAUGCCAUGCGGACCACAAAGUCACCAAGCCAGUGAUCCUGUCUCGGCUUUGGAUGAAGGACAUGGGAUGGUCUAUCGGGCUUUGGUACUUGAAACUGACUCGCAGAGGGAUUCGACCAACUCAAGUGAUGAUAAUCAGGUGUCAAAGAUCCCUACUUCUUUCCGUGGGGACCACUCGAAGGUUCGAUCGCUGGAGGAGAUCAGCAACGAGUGCCACUUGCCACCUCCAAUGGACGGUCCACCUUUCGUACAAUCUAGUUCCAAUCCUCCAUCCAUGCCAUGCAAAUCCGAGGGACCCACCGAAGUGCCAGAUUCCAGCAAUAAGAAGCAAUCAAUGGAGAGGGAGUAUGAGUACUGUGUAAAGGUGAUCAGAUGGUUGGAAUGCGAAGGGCAUAUGGAGAAGGAAUUCCGUGUAAAGUUCCUCACUUGGUUCAGCUUGAGAGCGACGAUGCAAGAACGGAGGGUGGUUAGUGCCUUCAUCGACACUCUGAUAGAUGACCCGCCGAGCUUGGUGGGCCAGCUGGCUGAUGCGUUCAUGGAUGGGAUCUGUGGGAAAGAGAAGAAACAAGUCUUACGGAAUGGGUUCUGCACUAGGCUGUGGCACUGAGGAUGGUGAUUCAGAUCGUGGUUCGUGGAUUUUGUCUGGAUUCAGGACAGAUACUGCUGAUGGAAUGCUUUUUCUCAGUUUAAAACCGGAAUUCAGCUCUAUGUUUUAUACCUCAUUGCCAUAUUACUCGUCGGUAAUCCAUUUCCAGAUCUUUAUCA